UUGUCACAGGUUUUCGACAAAAUGGCGGACAAAACGGAGCGAAAUGACUUUGAACAGAGACUGAAAUCCGUCACUAACGACCCGGAAGCCGAAGAGGAUGAUGACGACGAAGAAGAUGACGAUGAUGAUGAAGAAGAGGAAGGCUCUGAGGAGGAUGAAGACGAAGUGGAACCCAAGUUAAAAUACGAGAGAAUCGGAAACGCUAUGAAUACAAUCCUGAAUGGAGAAGAGUGUGCAAGUUGUAUGGCAGUCCACACCAAGUUUCUUGCUCUUGGAACUCAUUAUGGAGUUGUUCAUAUACUGGACCACCAAGGAAACCCAAGUAGUAGUAAAAAGUAUCCAUCACACACUACAGCUAUCAAUCAAAUCAGCAUUGAUCAGAGUGGAGACUAUGUUGCCAGCUGUUCGGAUGAUGGAAGAGUUGUAAUAAAUGGCCUUUACAGCUCUGAAAACAAUGUCCAAGCCAGUUUUGACUCUCCUAUCAAGUCAGUAGCUUUGGAUCCUGAGUUCUCCAAGAAAAGAACUAAAAUGUAUGUCACAGGAGGAACAAAGUUGAUUUUGACAGAGAGAGGUUGGUUCAGAAACAAGUCUAGUAUCGUACAUGAAGGAGAAGGAAACAUCAGAACAAUAAAAUGGAGAGCAUGUCUAAUAGCUUGGGCUGAUGACACAGAGGUCAAGGUGUUUGACACGAAUUCUCACAGAGUAAUAACUCAUAUAAAGAGAGAAACUGGAAAUUAUAGACCUGAGUUAUAUCGGUGCUGUCUGUGUUGGAGAGAUGAUGUUACUCUUUUAAUUGGCUGGGCAGACAUGGUUCAGAUUUGUGUUGUGAAAGAAAGGCUGGUUCAAAGGUCAGAUCUCCCUCCACUGGUUGUGGAAAUAGUUGCAAGGUUCAAAACUGACUAUUACAUUUCUGGAAUUGCAUAUCUUAAAAAUGACUUAGUUAUUCUGUCCUACAUGACAAACAUAGAGGAAGGCACAAGAAAGAAGGGUGAACAGUUAGUUGCACACAGACCACAGCUAAGGAUUUUAACACCACAUGGCUGUAAUGAACCUGAGGAGAUUUCUGCAGAUGCUUUGUCAGUCAGAGGAUUUGAACAUUAUCGAUGUGAUGAUUAUCAUUUAGCAUUUCUGCAUGAUGAUUUGGACAGCCCUUCUUCUUUCUUUCAUGGUGAAAAUGUUGUGGAAGAGAACCUGUUUUAUAUUGUUAGCCCUAAAGAUCUUGUCCUGGCUAAGCCCAGAAAUAUUGAUGAUCACAUUAAAUGGCUCAUGGAUCAUGGAAAUUAUGAGGAAGCUCUGAGUGUAUCUGAAACAAACAGUAGAGAAGUCAAGAAACAUAAUCAUCAGGCUAUUGCCCCGUACAUUCCUACAGGUCCAGUGAAGCUGAGCUCAGCAAUUUAUGAAAUGGUUCUCUAUGACUUCCUCAAGAAAGAUGUCAAGAAAUUUCAGGCACUGAUUAAGGAAUGGCCAGUGGAUUUAUACAGCGUGCAACCCAUCAUCAAUGCUGUACAGGAUCAGCUGGAAAAGGAUCCAGAUAACCGCGUUCUUUUGGAAACUCUCGGAGAACUUUACACGAGGCAGAAGAGAUAUGAUAAAGGACUAGCCAUAUACCUAAAACUUGGACACAGCGAUGUGUUUAACUUGAUCCAUCAACACAACUUGUUUAGCUCCAUUCAGGACAAGAUUAUUAUGCUCAUGGAAUUUGACAAAGAGAAAGCCGUAAAGAUGUUGAUUGACAAUACAGACAAAGUUCCCGUUGAAGAGGUUGUGCGACAACUAAACAAGCGAUCAGAACUUCUUCAUGUGUAUCUUGACUCGCUAUUUGUGAAGGAUCCACAGGCCGGGAUGGAUUAUCACGAACUACAGAUUCCUCUUUAUGCAGAGCUUGAGCGUCCAAAAUUGCUUACUUUCCUGAGAAACAGCAAUUAUUACCCUUUGCAAAAGGCUCUAAACGAGUGUGAACAGAGGCGCUUGGUUCCGGAGAUGGUUUUUUUGCUCAGUCGCAUGGGAAACAACAAACAAGCUUUGCAGUUGAUAAUUCAGGAAGAAGAUGAUGUAGAAAAGGCAAUUGAAUUCGUCAAAGAGCAAGACGACGAGGAUUUGUGGGACGAUCUGAUCAAUUAUUCUCUUGACAAACCAGAGUUUAUCACAGGGCUCUUGCAAAAUAUUGGGACUUAUGUUGAUCCGAUCAAACUCAUACAGAGAAUUCCUGAAGGUAUGAAGAUUCCUGGUUUGAGAGAUUCAUUGGUGAAAAUUCUUCAAGACUUCAACUUGCAGAUCUCUCUUCGUGAAGGCUGCAAAAAGAUUCUUGUCAAAGACAGUGUGUCUUUGCUACAAAGGUUGAGCAAGGUUCAGCAAAGGGGAGUGUCAGUUGACGAUGAAACAAAGUGUCCCGUAUGUCAAGGAACAGUUAUUGCGGAAGAUACAAAACGAACUUCACACGUUGUGGUUUUUUUCUGUAAACAUGUUUAUCAUGAAGAUUGUUUACCAGCGCGUGACGUGGGUCCGUUUUGCCAGAUUUGCACAGCACAUAGUCAGGUGAAGAGACUACGGUCCCGCCAUGUGCAGAGGAAUGAAGCGAGACCUUGAUUGACUGAUCAUCCCCAAGAGAUUGAGAUUAGAUGACAAAUAACUUCAGAAAGUAAAUUGAGAAUCAGCCUGAUUGCGAAUGAUGCUAUAACUGGCAACCCCUCUCACUCGUUAAGAAAAUCCUUUAUUAAGAGACGGCAGAAGCUGCUGUCCCAGUCGUGUAGUCGUGCACCUCUCGAAGAAAGACAGAAUAGGACAUGAAACGAACCUAAUUAUUCAGAUUUUAUUUCUGAUAAUGUAGUACUCGCAGCAGAACCUUUAAAGAUACCUUGCGCAGGAAAUAUUCACGGGAAGUUUGCGCGAAAAAAAAUUGUUUUUGUUUUCUCACUAAGAUGCAAUUUUACUUGGUGUCAUGAAAUCAAAACCAAUGUAAUUGUAAAAGCCAAUCAGGGAGAAGACAAAGUAGACUGGAAGAAAACCAGUAAAUUCACGAAGCAAGAAACAACGCUCCUAUCACAGGAUCAAGUAAAGCAAGGCUAACAGGAUCUUCGAUUACUUUCGACAUCGAGUCGAACACUUGAUUUGUAAGUGCCUUAGUGACUAUUUUUGGGAAAAAAAUAUCGUUCUAAUAGGUUGAAAUGUAAGGUGUAAGGUGUAUUGCCAGCCAUUUACAGGGAGUGAUGCACCACCUCUUGCAGCACUUUGAUUUUUCUGCAUCUCAGGCGAGCAGUGAGGAGAUUACGAGAUGCAGAAUAUUCACCAACGAUUCGUCAAAUGAACAAUAAAAAUACAAUAGCCAAUUCAACAUUUAA